UUUCUCGUGAUAUGUACGUCUUGAGGCGAAACAAAGACAGGCUUCGUCUUCACACUGGUUUUUGUCACAGAAAAUUCUCAACCAUAGCCAAUCUUGAGCUUGAUGGAACAACAACUUCAGACUACAUUACUUGGGUUGGGAAAAGUGCGAACCCAAUACCUCUUUUGCAUCAAACCUUGCAGAGAAGCGCAAGAACAGGUUCCACCAUGGAAGGUAAAGCCUGCCAUGCGCAGAUUAUCACUAUUGGCUUGCGAGCAGACACCUUAACGUCAAACAUGCUUAUUAACAUGUAUUCGAAAUGCGAUUUGGUUAGUUGUGCUCGCAAAGUGUUCGACGAAAUGCCUGAACGGAGUUUGGUAUCGUGGAAUACUAUGAUUGGGUCGCUUACUCGGGAUGGGGAGGAGAGAGAAGCUCUUGGUUUGUUUUUGGAGAUGCAAAGAGAGGGAAACUCUUUGAGUGAGUUCACUGUUUCGAGUGUUCUUUGCGCUUGUGCCGGGAAAUUCGCGAUUUUUGAGUGCAAACAGUUGCAUGCUUUUGCUAUUAAGAUGGCAAUGGAUUCGAAUGUUUUUGUGGGUACUGCAUUGCUCGAUGUUUAUGCUAAGUGCGGUUUUAUAAAGGAAGCGAGCUUUGUUUUCGAGUGUAUGCGGGAAAAGAGUGUUGUUACGUGGAGUUCGAUGGCGGCAGGUUAUGUGCAGAAUACUUGUUACGAGGAAGCUUUGAUGUUGUUUGGCAAAUCUCGGAUUAUGGGACUGGAAGUGGAUCCUUUUAUGAUUUCAUCUACUGUUUGUGCCUGUGCAGCUCUUGCAUCGCUGAUUGAAGGGAAUCAGGUUCACGCUGUGUUGUGUAAAACAGGAUUCGGUUCAAACAUAUUUGUUGCUUCCUCGCUUGUAGACAUGUACGCAAAAUGUGGCAGCAUUGAAGUAGCCUACGCCGUGUUUCGGUGCAUGGAAGAAAGGAAUAUUGUUCUGUGGAAUGCAAUGAUUUCGGGUUUUGCUAGACAUGCUCAUUCCCUUGAGGUAAUGAUAUUGUUUGAGAAGAUGCAACAGAUGGGUAUGCUCCCAAAUGAAGUAACUUAUAUUUCUGUGUUGUCUGCGUGCAGUUAUAUGGGCUUGGUUGAAAAGGGAAGGAAAUAUUUUGAACUCAUGACAACCGAACACAAUGUGUCGCCCAAUGCCGCGCACUAUUCAUCCAUGGUUGAUAUUCUCGGGCGGGCAGGGCUGAUUGUUGAAGCUCAUAAUUUGAUAGAGACCAUGCCAUUUGAUACUACAGCUUGCAUGUGGGGUUCACUCUUGGCUGCCUGUAGAAUCCAUGGGAAUCUUCACUUGGCUGAAAUAGCCGCCGAACAUUUGUUUGAGUUGGAACCUGAUAACGCAGGGAACCACGUUUUGCUUUCAAACAUUUAUGCAGCAAACAAAAAGUGGGAGGAAGUUGCAAGGACAAGGAAGGUUCUCAAAGACAGCCAGGCGAAGAAGGAGAGGGGUAAAAGUUGGAUUGAAAUAAAGAACAAGGUUCACUCGUUUAUGGUUGGAGAGAGAAAUCAUCCGAGAAUUUCCGAGAUUUACUUGAAGCUGGACGAUUUGGUUGAAGAGUUGAGGAAGCUAGGAUACUUGGCAAACACUGAGGAUGACCUGCAUAAUGUUGAAGAGAGUAGAAAGCGGGAACUAUUGAGGCACCAUGGCGAGAAGCUUGCGGUUACUUUCGGGCUGAUGUGUUUGCCUCCCAAUGCUCCUAUUAGAAUCAUGAAGAAUCUUAGGAUCUGUGGGGAUUGUCACUCUUUUAUGAAGCUCACAUCAAGUUUUACAGGGAGGGAGAUCAUUGUAAGGGACACAAAUCGAUUUCACCAUUUUAAGAAUGGAUGUUGUUCUUGCCGGGAUUUCUGGUGAAAGUUCUGGUUCAUUUUUCUUUUAUU